AUGGUGUUUCCUUACAUAGAUAUUGUCUCCAAGGCCUUAGUGGUAGUAAUUACCAGCCUCUGGUUGCUCAGUCUAAGUACUAAAGCUGCUGCUCCUAAUUAUCUCUAUAAUUUUUGUGGCAAUGACACAACCAUUUACUCUCCUAAUAGCACCUUUAAAUCCAAUCUCAAUCUCCUCCUCUCUAAUCUUUCUUCUAACAAUACACCCAACAACUUGUUUUAUAAUGCAACUACUGGCCCUGGUCCCCCAGGUGCGGCUUAUGGCCUGUUUCUCUGUCGAGGCGAUGUUACCAUUAAUGUUUGCCAUGAUUGUGUGGUGACUGCUAGUCAAGAGAUAGUCAAGAACUGUCCCAAUGAGACAGUGGCCUAUAUUUGGUAUGAUGAGUGCAUGCAACGUUAUGAUAACAGGUCUUUUUUCGGGACUGUGGAUGAAUCACCUAAGGUGUCUAUGUUGAAUACGGAGAAUAUCGCAGAAAAAGAUCGGUUUGCAAAGGUGGUGGGAGAUACUCUGGAUGAAUUAGUAAAUCGAGCUUCGAGCAAUCGAUCUUUAAAUGAUCAAUAUGUCAAGAGGUUUGCAACGGGAGAUGUUAACUUCACAAGUAGUCAGAGACUAUACAGCCUGGUGCAGUGCACACUAGAUUUAUCCGGGGCUGAUUGUAAAGGGAAACUGUCAUCAAAAACAAUUAUUGCCAUUGUAGUCCCAGUAGGUCUGUCUAUGGUUCUUUUGGCCAUAGGUUUCUGCCUCCUAAGUAGGAAACCAAGGAGAAAGUACCAUGUAGGAGAAGAAGAAAAUGGUAAGGAUAAAAGACUUCAUUUUAUCAUGAAAUUGUAUUGCUUCAUGCUAUUACCUUUGCAGUAG